UUGCCCAGAAGGUUGUGGCCAUGAGGAAAAAGCAGCAGCUCUCUAUUGGUCCGUGCAAAUCUCUCCCCAACUCUCCUAGCCACUCUUCAGUCCCCGCUGCAGCCAUCCCCUCUGUUCACAUCAACCAGGCGGCCAAUGGUGGGGGUGCGUUCAGCGACUACUCCUCCUCUGUUCCCUCCACCCCCAGCAUAAGUCAGCGGGAGAUGCGCAUUGAGACCAUCGCUUCCUCCAACACGCCCACGCCCAUCCGCAAGCAGUCGAAGCGCCGCUCCAACAUUUUCACAUCACGGAAAGCCAGUGAACAAUCAAAGAGCGUUGACAGUAAAACAGACAGCAUAGGCAGUGGAAGGGCCAUACCUAUCAAACAGGGAAUCCUUCUGAAGCGAAGUGGCAAAUCCCUCAACAAGGAAUGGAAAAAGAAAUAUGUCACACUGUGUGAUAAUGGCGUCCUUACUUACCACCCCAGUUUACACGACUACAUGCAGAAUGUGCAUGGGAAAGAGAUCGACUUGCUGAGGACAACGGUAAAGGUUCCUGGGAAGCGACCGCCCAGAGCCGUGGCAACCGUCGCCCCGACAGCUAGUCCCAAAACCAACGGGCUGACCAAGGACCGCAGCACCCUGCAGCUGGGCAUCGGAAACACAGGUGCUCCUCACUCCAACAGUAGUUCGUCCCUGCAGACGGGCGCCUCGUUGUUUGGCAGCAGUAAAGACGGCAUGCACCAACGCUCCUUCUCUGUGUCCAGCGCCGACCAGUGGAACGAAGCCAUCAACACCAGUACAAGCAGCGGAGCCCCCAAUGGAGUGAGUGAUCCUGCGAGCUCCAGUGUGGGCAGCGCCACCAGUCCAAAGCUUGAGCCGCCUCCUUCUCCACACGCCAACCGCAAGAAGCACAGACGGAAAAAGAGCACGGGCAUCACAAAGCCCGACGGCUUAUCUGCAGGCAACGAAGAACAAGAGGAUUCCUUUGAGUUCAUCAUCGUGUCGUUGACGGGUCAGACGUGGAACUUCGAAGCCUCUACGUACGAGGAGAGGGAGCUGUGGGUCCUAGCCAUCGAGAGCCAGAUCUUCGCCAGCCUGCAGUCCUGCGAGAGCAUAAAGAACAAGUCUCGGUUAGGCAGCCAAAGUGAUGCAAUGGCCAUUCAGUCCAUACGGAACGUGAGGGGGAACAGCUUCUGUGUGGACUGUGAUGCACCCAACCCCGACUGGGCCAGUCUGAACCUGGGCUCCCUGGUGUGCAUCGAGUGCUCGGGGAUCCACAGGAACCUGGGCACCCACCUGUCCCGCGUGCGCUCCCUGGACCUGGACGACUGGCCGGUGGAGCUCAGCAUGGUGAUGACGGCCAUCGGGAACGCCAUGGCCAACAGCGUGUGGGAGGGGGCUCUGGAGGGCUACAGCAAGCCAGGCAACGACACCACCAGGGAGGAGAAGGAGUGCUGGAUUCGAGCCAAGUACGAGCAGAAGCUGUUCCUGGUGGGCCUGCCCCAGUCCGACGUGCCCCUCGGCCAGCAGCUGCUGCGGGCCGUGGUGGAGGACGACCUGCGGCUGGUGGUGCUGCUGCUGGCCCACGGCACCAAGGAGGAGGUCAACGAGACGUACGGGGACGGGGACGGACGCACCGCGCUGCACCUCUCCUGCGCCAUGGCUAACGUGGUCAUCACACAGCUGCUCAUCUGGUACGGAGUGGACGUGUCGAGUCGGGAGGCUCGGGGUCAGACCCCUCUGUCCUACGCGCGGCGGGCCGGCAGCCAGGAGUGCGGCGACAUCCUGCUCCAGCACGGCUGCCCCAACGACACCAGCAGCCUGUCGUCCGUGGCAACGCCCAACAUGAGCCGCCGCAACCCCAACCCCAACAUCAACAACAACAACGCCCAGUGCGAGCUCAACCGCAGCAUCAGCAUCAUGUAGAGACGAGACACAGAGAGACCCCGNCCCC